CAAAAAGAUACACAGGUUAUUUACAAGUUAAACUGAUUUCGGCAAAAAAAGGGCGUCUUGCCCAACACAUUUGCAAUCCACCCACGUUCCAAAGCGGCCAAAAAGUUCUCACUGGGGUCGGGAGGGCGAUCCCUCCCUCUCCCCCCCCCCCCGCUCAGCCGAACACGAACGCGGCUGCCGCUUUCAACCCCUCCAAGAACUUUAAGAUGGAGACCGCCAGUCAAACCGGAAGCCGAGGGGCGCGCAUGACCCGUAGGCCGCCAACCAUGCGGCUUCUCUACCCUUCUCCUCUCUCUCUCCUCGCCGCUCUAGGAGUCGCACCCGGAAGCCGAGGGCCGGAGACUUAGGUGAGGGAGGGGCCGCAUCGGCUGGUGAGUGACGGGUCGGGGCCGGGGUCCCCGCGCGCGCCUGCGAGGCGAGCGACGCCCCUGCUCUGCUCCUGGCGGCGCCUUCUGGGGGCCUCUGGCGAGGCUGGAGCGGCCACGGGAGCUGGCAGGGGGAUUUGCCGAUAGGAGAGGCACGCUGGCGCGGCUCCGGCGUUUCCUUGUGCACCGGCGGGGUCUGCCACGCCCAGGUUUCGUGACUCUUCGGGGUCUGGCCGGAAGCUAAGCGCAGUCUGUAUUAGGAAACUAAUCUGGAGUAGAUGGUAGUCCCCGUCCCCCGCCGCCCAACAACAGGGAACUAUUGGUGUAUUUUCACUUUAAGGACGGGGAGGGAAGUUUAGAGCCUUCCCCCCCCCAAAAUAAUAAUAAUAAUCGCGCCACAAAUUUGCAGCCUCUUGGGGGGAUUCUCUAGGUAGGUUUCCUGAACACGGUGCUUCUGUUGUAGGAAAAUGCAGUCCCCCCUCCCCACCAACAGUAAAGUCUAAUCAUUUGCACACCUGCUUCUUUUGUCCCCAGCUACUAUAGCUGAAAGUCCUACAUGCUGGCAUUUUGAGUGUCACUGACACCAAAAGGAUGCAGUUUCCUCGCCCCUUUCUCGGCAUUUGUGCUAUUUUUGUUUACUUCUCCCUUAAUGCUUUAAGGACACGGGGCAUCUAGCUCUUGAGAGCCAUUGCAGUCAAGGGAACACUUUGCAGGAUUAUGCGAGAGUAGGGUUUGGCGAUAUAUUGUCCCAAACCAGUUAGUAGUCAACACUGUGAUAAGCGUUUCAUAAUAUAUCCCGAAUCACUAUGUUUUGUGUGUGCUAUGUAAAAAAUCACGAUGUGGGGAAAACCGAAUCUGGUCAUCGCUUCUCUCCUGAUUCCUGCUACCCCUGUUGCUGUUUCAUAAAAUAACAGUUUUAUCAAUAUGGUAAAGGUAGUUAAAAAUGUAUCAGUUUUAGACUGCUAAGUAGUAGCAGUUUCCAGGACAUGACUCCACUGGCCUCUACUUAUUUUCAUCAUUUCAGACAUUGUGAUAGAUCAGUAUAUCGCAUGGUUGAUAUAGCACAAUGUUGAAAACCAGUUGUCGCCCAGCCCUACGCAGUAGCUAAGGGAAGCUAAGGGUUUUUAGACACUGAGUAGGCAUUUGUCAGGAAUGCCUUGUUCUCCAUUUUCUUCUGACAUGGAGCAGGAGUUUGUAGUAGAUUUUUGUUGUUGCCUUCUGUUACACCACUAUUACUUUGAUUUUUGUCUACACAUUAAGGGUUAUAUCCAAUGAUGUCAUCCCAUUUGGGCAAGGACUUCUGCUUGCACAACAGAGCAACACCCCUCAUGUGCUCCUCAAAUCUGCUCUGGGGUUCACCUCAAUCCUCCAGAUCGUAUUUUUUGGGUAGGGGCAAGAGGAAGGAAAGGGACAGCAAGGUUUGUUGCACAUGCCAAAGUCAUUGUGCAAAUGGAACAACUUCAUUGGAUACAAUCCCAUCUUUUAACAUAGUAUAUGCUCUGGAACGUGCUGUAGAGUUAAAAACUAGUCAGAUUUAUAGUGCACUUUUAUAUGUGCCUGCUCAGAAAUAAGUCCCUUUAACUGCAGUGGGAAUUACUCCUACUAAAUGGGUUUGCUGGUUUAGUAGGGUGGAGCCUUUCUAAAUUCAGUAAACCCUGUUGUGGGACUGAAAGCAUCCACCAGGAAUUUUAUAUUUUAGCAGAGUAGAAGUAAUGUUAGAAUCAUAGAAUUGUAUAGUUGGAAGGGACCAUGAGUGUCAAAUAGUCUAACCCCCUGAAAUUCAGGAUUCUUACUUUUUAUUUCUUUUUCUGCAGAAAACAAGCACUAAGCAUCAUUGACCCUCUGUAGACCACUUAAGACACCAAUGCCAUUGUCUUCAGCAAGAAGUUGUAUUCUUGUUGCCCUAGAUAUUCAGUGGAUAAACAAGUUUGAUGAUCAGGUCUUACUGAUGUGACUAACUAGAAAGGUACCAAUUUCUUAUGACAUUCCUCUGCUAAAAUGAAAAUUGGCAACGUUGCACAUUGGGGUUGCUUUUGUAUUAUUGUGUGUAGCUUAAGAAAUAACAAUUAUUUUAAUAGAAUAAAAUGCAUUUUCCAUGUACCUUUAAGAAAAGAUUUCUGUGCUGUCACCAGUGCGCAUUUCACUUUAUCAAGUAUGAGGGGAUAUGUAAGCCCCAAGGAACUUACAAAUUUAAAAUCUGACACAAGAGUCACAACAGAGGAAGAGAGAAGUAGAGGCAGGUAUAAACAGGGAAGUAAUAGGAGGCUAUAUAAGUUACAUGUGCUUAGACUUAGAAAACCAUUGCUUUCUAGUCUUGCUUUCUUCAUCCCUACUAUUGUUGUAAGGGACACGGGUGGUGCCGUGGCCUCUUGGGCUUGCUGAUCGGAAGGUCGGCGGUUCGAAUCCCUGCGACGGAGUGAGGUCCCGUUGCUCUGUCCCAGCUCCUGCCAACCUAGCAGUUCGAAAGCACAUCAAACUGCAAAUGGAUAAAUAGGUACCGCUCCAGCGGGAAGGUAAACGGUGUUUCCAUGCGCUCUGGCACUCAUCAUGGUCCUCCGUGUGCCAGAAGCGGUUUAGUCAUGCUGGCCACAUGACCCGUCUGUGGACAAACACUGCCUCCCUCAGCCUGAAAGCGAGAUGAGUGCCGCAACCCCAUAGUCACCUUUGACUGGACUUAACCGUCCAGGGGUCCUUUACCUUUACCUUUUUACCUUAUUGUUGUUCUACCACUUAUUUCAUUCCAUUAGGUUCAGUAUACAGGAGAGAGGAGAAAAGACAGUAGGAAGGCAGUUGAAGUUCAGAAGAGGUAACUGGCCACAGUGGUCCAGGAGGGAGGAUUCCACUCAUGAGACCUGUCAGUGGAAGCCCACAGAAGGACUUCUACUUGUGCACCCCUUCAUGCACCCCCCCCCGAUUUUGAUUCUUGGGUGGGGUGAGAACCCUCCCCCCCCCACAAAAAAAGUGUGCUGGUGGAGGUGAGGGGGGUUGUUCAUUUGGCAAGCUGAAUGCUUGCACUGAUGGAACAUUUGACAUGAAGUUCAAUUCCUCACAUGGAAAGUGAAUUUUGAGAAAGAGGUUGCUUGACCAGUUAGCUGAAGGGAGAACAUCUAAGCUGGCUAUAGUAAUCCAACAGGUUAAGGCUCACAGUAAAACAACUGUGUAACAGAAGGAAAACAUCUUUGUCAGCAUACAGCAUCCAUAAAUUUUAAAGAGCCAUCCCUAAUUUUGUGGAAGCAGUGAAGUUUUACAUGGCUGAACGCAGCAUGCCUUAGCACAGGGUUAGGGAGCCUUCAGCCCUCAGGCCAGGCUUGACCCAGCAUGGGUUCCAGUUUUGUCCCUAAGACAAUUUUCGUGAACCAUGCCCACCUAUCAAUCAGAUGACAUCACCUUAAUGGGUGGGUGACAUCUGCUGCUGGGCAGGUUUGAUGGGUACAGCGUAGAAAUCCGUAUUUAACCCCCUUGCCCAUUCAGUCCUGCUUUUUUGGUUACAUGUGCUCGUUUCCUAUGGCCAAUCCCUUCAGAAGCCAGGAUUAUCCGUGACGGCUCAUUCUUUCUCGGUUCCGAUCACCCUCAGAUUGCCCUAAGCAUGAUCUGAAUUAAUGCUGUAAUAGACCAUUCUUGUUACAGGAGUCUGCUUAAUUUAUACUGGGGAUAUGUUCAUCAUUCACAGGAACUGUAAAUGUCUUCAGAGGACAAAGAAGCUCAGGAAGAUGAGCUACUUGCUUUGGCAAGUAUCUAUGAUGAAGAUGAAUUCAAGAGAGCGCAGGCUGUACAGGGAGGAGAAACUAGAAUCUCUGUGGAAUUGCCACCAGGCUUCACCAUAUGUAUGAGUGGUGAGUCCAUUUCUGUGGAUACUUACCUUCUUUGAGUUUAUUGCAAUACUAUCAUAUGUUCCAAGUGCUUUAUUCAAGAGGUAGGGGCUGAUUUGCACAGUGGCCUGAUAUGUUCAUUCUUCACAUGGUAUUGCACAGGACCAAGCCUUGGGAUCACCUGCUCUCCCUACCUCCACCCCUAUACUGGCGAAUAUAUGGUGUGAGCAGAUGGCCAUGCCACAUCCAUGGAUAUAUGAUAGAUGGGGGCAAAUAUGUGUAAUACAGGUUAGAUCAUGCAGCACAUUUUGUUGGUAUAGGUCAUGGGUAGGCAAACUAAGGCCCAAUCGCCUUCUAAAUCUGGCCCGCGGAUGGUCCAGGAAUCAGCAUGUUUUUACAUGAGUAGAAUGUGUCCUUUUAUUUAAAAUGCACCUCUGGGUUAUUUGUGGGGCCUGCCUGGUGUUUUUACAUGAGUAGAAUGUGUGCUUUUAUUUAAAAUGCACCUCUGGGUUAUUUGUGGGGCAUAGGAAUUUGUUCACCCCCCCAAAUUAUAGUCCAGUCCCCCACAAGGUCUGAGGGACAGUGCUGAAAAAGUUUGCUGACCCCGGGUAUAGGUUGUGUGAGUGUUACAUGUUGGGCCUAAAGGUGAACCAGCCCUAAAACAUUUAGCUAACUGUAAAUUCUAUAAGGGGUAGGUGCAUUGAAUGUUUGCCAAGAAAGCUGUUCAGGUUAUGUGAGAUCCCAGUCUGCAUGUAUCACACAUAAUCACAGAGCUCGGUCUUCAAAAUAAAAUGACCUCCGUAGAGUGGGAUUAUUUGGGGACAAAAAUCUACAUUGGGCUAAGGCAGUCGCUCCAUCAGGGCAAGCAUUUGGACUUGCCAGACGGAUCAAUCAUCCUCCUUUGCACUGUUCUAGGGAUUCUCCUGAAAUCCCCUCCCCCAUUUCAGGUUUUUUGGGAGGGGGAAUGGAGGGGAAGCCCCAUUGCACAAGCAGAAGUCCUUGCAGAAGGCUUCCGUUGAUAGAACUCAUUAGUUGAAUCCCACCCUUAUUUUUGACUGAAUAUGGUUGUGCUGGUGUGAUGCCAGCACAGAAUGAGAUGUUGCAUUGACGCAGUAUUGUGUUUCACCCUGCCUAUAUCUUAGCUGGCAUAGCAGCUUAGAGGAUUGAAGCUUACUUACACCUAAAGAACUGAACCUCACACUUCUUUUUAAAAAACUAUGUGCUUUUCUAUUAAUUUUUCAUUUGUGUAGUAUCUUUCAUCAGAGCUUCUUAGAAGAGUUCUUGAAAUAUUAAUUGGUAGAAAGAGAGUUGUUGAAGCAACCUUCCUGUCUAAUAUUGCGUAUAAGCAUUGGCAAUGAUGUUUAUGUUUAUAAAACAGCUGCCGCUGACAGAACCAUGCUAUUUUUAAGAUUGUGAGCUCAACAACUUUUUCCUAUUGUUCUCUUCAUUUGCAAUGUUCUUUUUACAGAGGAAAAGAGGGAGGAACAAUUUCCUAAUAAGAUAUAGAAGAUAGACAUUGAACUUAAGCUCCUAGUUUUAAGUUUUCCAUUACCUUAUUUUGAAAGCUUUGUGGAUUACUAGAUAUGGUUGGCAUCAUGUUGUUCCCUUCUGAAAUAUUUUAUGCAUACAUUUAUUUAGUUUGAAACCAUGUGCACAACUAAAUUGUCCCACCAGUAUGAAUGCACCUAACUGUAUGGGAUGACAGUGUUACUUAGGCUGACUUUGCUUGUCUGGCUUUUCUGUUUUGUUCAUGGGCAUCUAAACCAGGCUUCCUCAAACUCUGCCCUCCAGAUGUUUUUGUUCCCUAGCUAGGAGCACCAGUGGUCAGGGAUGAUGGGAAUUGUAGUCUCAAAACAUCUGGAGAGCCGAGUUUGAGAAAGCCUGAUCUAAACCAUUCUCCCUUUGGGGAAUUCAGAGAAAGGAACAGGCUUUCCCCCUAAGCCUGGGGUAGCCAACAUGGAGCCCUCCAUCCUCCUCAGCCAGCACUGCCAGUUGUCCAGGAUGAUAACGUCCACAACAUCCACAGGGCACCACAUUAGCUACCCCUGCUCUAAUCACAGUGGUAGAAGAAUUAAGAGGCUUCAACUAUUGCUUAGAGCAGGGAUGGGGAACAGAAAGCCAGAACUGGGAGUGGCCAGCCCAACACCUGACACCAUACAAUGUUAGGUGAGUCAAACUUCAAGCUGAGGUUGCAAAGAAAAAUUCUUCCUUUGCAUCCCUGGCUUGAAUUCUUUCUGGGGCUUCAAAGAUUUUAUUGUCAACAUAAAAAGACACAAAAUUUGAAAAGUGUCCACUUUGGGCUACAAAGGAAGAAUCAGGAGCAUACUUAGAGUCCACUCCAAUUUUUCCUUUGCAGCUGCAGGUUGAAUUCAACCCGUAGCUGCAAAGGAAGAUUCUUCCUUGAACUUUCCUGUGCCAUAUGACUCAGGAAAGGUGGGUAUGGUUUGGCCAAAACAACCUGCUGGGCUUAAUUUGGCCCACAAGACAAGAGUUUCCCUGUCAUUGGUUUAGAGACAUGUUAUUUAGCUAAGGCCUGGUUCAGACAUUGCAACAAUUGCAGGCUCACAUCCUCAGACAUAGUUUCUUGCGAUGUCUGCAUUGGGCCAAUGACUGUUACUGCUAACUACAGUUUGCCUCGGAACCACUAUUGGAAGCUAGAACUUACCGAGUGGGUGUCUCAUUAUUUGGAGACAAAACAUGGUUAGUGAUAACCUUGCUUCUUGUUUAACAGCAAGCAAUGGUUACUGUGAACCAGGAAGUGGAAGAGAGAAUUAAAAAACAUGUUGGAAGGAGGGACCAUGCAAUCCAAACACAUCCCAGUAGAGUCUGUGUGAACUAGUUUUAUAACAAAUAUUUCAGACGAAGGGAAACUUUAUGAAACCAUAUCAAACAAUUCUGUUAGGUAGUAGCACAGCUUGUUGCCUCUUCCUGACACUAUCAUAUUUUUAUUUUUUUUAGGCAACCUGACAGAGAAUCUCCAGAACAGCAAGUUUGAAUGCAGAGUUUGUUUUUUGCCUCCGAUUGUGCUGCAUUUUGAAUUCCCACCAGACUACCCGUCAACUUCCCCACCUGUCUUCACCCUCAGUAGCAAGUGGCUUUCUCAGGCUCAGGUUUGAUACAGAUCUUUAACAAUUCGUGUAGUUCACCAGAAUGGUAAUAUUUCUUGUUAAUGAUUAAUAUCGUGGUUGGUUAUUAAUCUGGAUGCAGCAACAAAAAACUACUUAGAAGAAGCUUAAGAGCUAGCUAGGAAGAAUAAUGUAUUAAUACUUCUUAGAUGUAUCUUUGUCAUACCUAAAGUCAGAUGGUGUGAGUUUAAAACGUUUUAAAUUGUUCUUAAAGCUGCUCUAAAUCCUUCAUGUCCAAUGAGUACAGCAAAGUCCCCAGCCUUCUAGUUAUCCAAACUCACUUUGUUCCCCAUGCUUAGUUCCAAGUAAAUAGUAAUCCAGUUUAUCAGAACACUGGAUUUUCCAAAGGUUUUCUUACUCUAUAUUUAGGACCUAAGUCAGGAAAUAAAGGGGUUUCAACAUUUGACAUCAAUAACACGAAAAAUGCUUCACGAAAGUGAGAGUUAGAUGCUGUUGCCUUACAUUAAAGAAAUAGCUUUUAUUUUAGAUCUAUAGUUGUUUAUGAAAGAGUGAGAAAGGUAUGUACAUUUUGGUUUAGUUUAUUCUAUCAUGAGAAAAGCGUGUGGGAGAUAUCCAAUGUGAGUCAUGAUCAGAGUAGACAUUGAAAUCAGGGGAACUUAGCUCCAUUAAUUAUUGCAGAAACAAUAGUAGAUUGCCAAACGAGACUCCUUUCUUCUUUACUAGAAGUCUUGCCAAACUCUCUCUAGCUUUCCAGCUUACAUUUUACCAAUGUAAUGUGCUAUUGGAAUGAAGUUUUAUGUUUUGACAUUGUACACUGCCCUGGUAUUUAUUACAUCUGGCAUUUUAUAAAUAAAAUAUAAGUACAAAGGACAUUUAAUUGCUUCUGGAAUUGCACGUAUUUUACACCCUGUGCUGUGGCUGCUCUCAGGGAGACCUCUAAAUUCUUACUGUAUUAUUAAGGCUGUAGCGCUAAGCUAGGAGCUUCUGUUCAACAGAAUGCUCCAUUGCACUACACUGAGUUCCAACCCCAGGAAGGAAUUCAGCAUGGUGCUAUGGUAAUCAUUCUGUCAGUGCAAGCAUUUCAGCUUUCCAGAUAGAACAAUCUGCUGUCUCCUCUCCCUGUUUGCUAUUCUGGGGGUUCUUCUGACUCCCACCCCCAGCUAAUCGGGGGCGGGGGAGAGAGAAAAGCCCUGUUUCGCUAGUGGAAUUCCUUGUGUGGGCUUCUGCUAGUGGGACCCGUUACUUGAAUCCAACCCCUAAUCUUGAAAUGGUAUGCUUUCUUAAAAGAUAAAGUACGAUACAGAUCUCGGGAAGUGUAGAAGAUGCUCUCACAUCCCUGCCGUUUGUUUUUCUUCUAGCUCUCUGCGCUUUGUAAGCAUUUGGACAACUUAUGGGAAGAAAACAGAGGCUGUGUGAUCCUUUUUGCCUGGAUGCAGUUUCUCAAGGAAGAAACACUUACAUAUCUGAACAUCAGCUCGCCCUAUGAGCCAAAGAUAUGUGACCAAGGACAAGAGCAAAGCCGGAAAGGCAAAGAGGAUGGGGCAGGCGCCGCAGCCGCAGCCGCGCAUGAAGAAGCCCUCGAUGCAAGAGCCGUGCAGGAUGUUGAGUCUCUGUCCAGCCUGAUUAGAGAGAUUCUGGACUUUGAUCAGGCCCAAAGGCAAAAGUGCUUCAACAGUAAAAUGUACACGUGCAAUGUCUGCUUUUCUGAAAAGCUGGGAAGUGAAUGUAUGUACUUUAUGGAAUGCAGGCAUGUGUACUGCAGGGCUUGCUUGAAGGACUAUUUUGAAAUUAAAAUCAAAGAUGGUGAGGUCCACUACUUGAAUUGUCCAGAACCGAAAUGUCCUUCCGUUGCUACUCCUGGGCAGGUAACAACAAUCAUUUCUAUGGCAAUCCAUUAAAAAAAAAAAAAGAGUUUGAUUUUUUUGUUUUUAAGUGCAACACUGUUCUCAGCCCCACAAUAGAUAGGCGUUAAACCCAAAGAGGAAAGCCUGGACUUCAGUGCAAAAGAUUUGUGGCUGUAAAGGACUAGGACGGUAGUUUUGUGAAACAGAUUUGCACUUAGACUAAGCACAAACUUAAAUCCAUGUUUCUAGUUUUCUGCAAUGAGUUAUUAGGUAGAUGGCCGUUUGGAAUGGGUGUGCUACCUGGAGCUUUUUGCGAAUCUUUGAUGCUGUCUUUGACUUGGUCUGGUACUGGAAUAACUGGAACACAUGUAGAUAAGCUGUCUUGGGCACUGAUUGCUCUCUCCUGUGAUCUGCUAGCUGAAGGUUCUAUGAAAAGGCAACAGGUCUAACUAGAAAGUAGUUGAUGAAUACCUCAGCAGUGUGUCUUUUGCUUCUCUUAGCAAAGCCAUGACUGAAUCUUGCUAGGCAAAUAAAGCCAGUGCAGGCUCCUUUUUCCAAUAGUUGAAACUCACCAACACUAUGAGUUGUAUCCAAUGGCAGUCAAACUCAGCAUAGACCCAUUGAAAUGAAUGGACGUGACUAACUUGGGUUCAUUCAUUUCAGUGGAUCUACUCUUGACUAGAAUGUAGUUGGAUCCAACCCUAAAUUUUAUUGAUCACCUUCAUUUUAGGUAAAAGAGUUGGUGGAAGAGGAACUCUUCGCACGUUACGACCGCCUGCUGCUCCAGUCAAGCUUGGAUAUGAUGGCCGAUGUGGUAUAUUGCCCACGACCAUGUUGCCAAACACCUGUAAUGCAGGAACCAUCGGGCACGAUGGGCAUCUGCUCCAGGUGCAAUUAUGCCUUCUGUACGUUGUGUAAGAUGACUUACCAUGGCGUCUCCCGGUGUAAAGUCACUGCAGGUGAGUUGAACUCAACAAAAGUAGUAUUUUAACUGUGAAAUGUUUGGAUGUUAAAUGUAUGUACUGUUCGCCUUUUGAGGUAGACACCUUUUUGAUGAUAUUAUUUCCGUAGGAUCAUUUAAGUGGAGUUCUCUGAAGGAUAUAAUUUAUUCUGUUGUCUUCUGCAUAACAUGUUCCUCCCACUGUUUCUGCUGUCUCUCCAUUCACCCCAUUAGAAGAAGUACUGCCUAUAGUUUUGAGAUUCUGUUGUGUACAGUCAGAUGUGCACCAGAGUGGGGUGGGGAAACACUUUCCGGCCUGAAGGCUCCAUUUCCAACCCUCCAAAGGCCACAUGACAGUGGUUGACAGGGCUAGAGGCAGAAGAAGGUGGAGCAAGAAAUGUACAUUUUACCUUCGUACAGUAGAGCAACUUUCUACACACACCACACACUCCUCUUUAUCUUCUACCCAGGUAAGCCAGAAGCGUUUUCAGACACACUUGAUCCAGGUAAAAAUGGUCGGGGUGCAAAACAGGGCCAUUGAGGGGCAUUGCCUGGAGAAAGAGAGCAAAGCUUGGGGAGAGCCCUGAUAGCCAGACAGAGAGGGCUGAAGGGCUGUAAUCGACUCCCCAAUUAACUCAGUGCUCUUCAUAAGCCCUGAACUAAUUAUGUACAUCAAUAGUUUUGGAAAUCAAUUUCUGGUGGUGGAAUUGAUUCAGAACCCAUUGAUUGCCCGUGAUUCAGCUGCUUGUUGAUUGUUCCAUAUGGAUUAAGCUGACCGGUAAUGGCAUUUGUUUUGUUUGAGAAGUGGAGUUGGGCACGUUUGUGAAGUACGGUUUUGCCAGACUUGACCAGCGCCUUCUGUUCAUUCUAUUGUUUCCCUCAGAGAAGUUAGCAGACCUGCGCAAGGAGUACCUUGAAGCAGACGAGGCCACGCAGAAGUUUUUAGAGCAGCGCUACGGAAAAAGGGUGAUUCAAAAGACACUGGAGGAAAUGGACAGCAAAGAGUGGCUGGAAAAGAAUUCCAAAUCUUGUCCUUGCUGUGGGACUCCUAUAGAGGUGAGAACAGGACAGAGGGGGAAAUGCUUCAGAGAAUCAAGGGCAUUUGUUUUAAGGAUACUAACACAGAUUCUUAUAGGCAAGUAACUCUGAAGGGAAACUAUAAUUCCCAUUAUGCGGGAAGCCAUGCACUUCAAACGUGUGUUGGGUGUAUUUUAAACAUGUGGUGUAGAUCUGCCCUAAGGCCUGAAUUCAGACUUAGUCAUGUUUAGAGUAGGCCCAUUGGAAUCAGUGGGGGUUAGGCUAGUUAUGACUAAUUUGAAUCCCACUGAUUUCCAUGUGUCUAAGCAUGCCCAAGUCUGGAUUCAACCUAGACAAAUUUAAACAGCAUAAGUAUAGAAUAGACCCUGCUUUGUCAGAUGCAUGGUGUGUUCUUCUAAGUUGUGUGUCUGUGUACAUCUGGGGCGAGAAGAAUUGCAAGCUGUUUGUACAUGUGUUUUUCUCUCUGUGCAAUAUACUAACACAGACACCCCCUGUGGAAAGAUCUUAAACUGAAAUCCUGUGUGAUUGUGUGUGAGAGAGAGCAGAGUUAACUCCUUUUCCCUAGAAAGGAAUCAGCAAGUUUCAUAUUUUUGAAUGUGCUGUGAUUACAGCACUGAUGACUGUGGCAUAAGACAUAAUUGAUCCUUGAAGUUGUUUGCCUUUGUGUCUUUCUUUCUCUCCACUGUCAGAAGUUGGAUGGCUGCAACAAGAUGACAUGCACUGCUUGUACACAGUACUUCUGUUGGCUUUGUAUGGGUUCUCUGUCAAGAGGAAAUCCAUAUAUGCACUUUAAUGAUCCAGCAUCUCCCUGUUUUAACCGGUAUGUAUACUUCUGCAAUGCUGAAACUGUAAAGUUACAUCAACUGCAUUUGGGGCCAGUUUAUUUGGAUCAGCAGGAGCUGAAACCUAGAAGGAUUUCAGUGCAGAUUAUCGUCUAGUCAGCCUUCUCCCUGACAUGCUCUCUUUUGGCGACCAGGCUUUAUAUACGAGUUUUGUUUGUGCUGAGAACAUGCUGCCUGAAGUGUUGGAAUCCAAAGAUGUGCUUUUUCAGCACAUCUGUAUGAAUGGGUCCUUCAGUAGGAGCUGAAGGAAGCUGAACCUCAGAGUGCAUGUCUUGUUACGUAUAGGUCCGUUUGGAUGGUUUCCUGAUUCAAGAGUUGCUUUCUUGUGUGUUUCAGGCUAUUUCGAGGUGGGGAAGAUGAUGGCAACUUCUGGGAGGAGGAGGGCUAGUCUGUACCCAGAUCCCAAAGCGAAAGAAAUCAAAGAAAAAUGAAGUUGUGCCACCCAUGCUGUGUUCAAGAUUGUACUUAAACAUUGGCACUUGAGAACAGUAUGCAUAUGCACUGAAAGAGUAUGCUUAUAGAACUUUUUUUUUGUUUUUUGUCAUCACUAAGUCUUCAAACUGGGGCUGGGGAACCAUUUCCAGGAAGGGGGCUGGAACUUACCCCACAGGCCACUUUGAUAGGUGGGUGGGGCUGCCCGCCUGUCACUCCACUGGCAUCAAGUGUGGUGCAGGUGGGUGUGACUGGGGGGGAAAUGGCCUGUAGGCCAGAGGUAAUCUAUUCCACUUUAAAUUCACAAGCUGAUUUGAAAUCCUACGUAAUUUUCAGAUCCUUGCACCUUGAAAAAUUAGAGCAAACUCACUAGAAUGCCAGUUCUUGCAAAUGUCUCUGCUGCCACUGAAACAAGUGGAAAGUGAUUAUUGUUAUUUACCCAUACUAAGGAGAUAGCGGCAUUAUAAAUGUGCAUUGAUAUAAAAUCAGGGAUUCCUUAAUGGUUCUUAUGCUAGAACAGCAACUCAUUCAUGCUAGAAUCUAUUCCAGCAGGAGUGGAGAUCCUCUCGGGCUUAUGAACCUGAGAGCAUGAUUUCUUUGAUUUUUACCUUUCAUUCAUCACCUCCUGAAGCACUUUCCAACACUGAGGUUAUUUGAACUUUUGGGACUCUUCCCAUAUUCAUUUCUGAAUCUGGCCUUCCACACAGCAUAUAAAUAUUUGCCAUCCUACUAGCUCACCCUACUGAAGGUCAACAGGUGCUAUAAAAUAGCUUCAUAUAAAUAUUAAAAUUACAUACAAAUUCACCUUCACCAUCACACUUGCCUCUAGAUAAUAUAAUUUACGGCUAAAUGAUGCACUGGCACAAUAAGUCCUCAAACUAUUGCCAGAAUGCUAGUUUUAGGAUUGUGUGAGAGUGGUGGCAGCCUCUGCCGGACAACCAGGUUGCCUCAAGUACUUGCAAAAUGGGGAACAAGUGUCCUUGUCUCUGGAGAAGGCUUUGCAGUUAGUCAAGGAGGUGUUUAUUUCUCCUGCAGAGAGAGAUGUAUACUCUGGAGAUGCACUAAAAAUCUUCAUUAUCCCAGAAGAUGGAAUUAAAGAAGAAACGGUUCCAUUGUGAAGAGACUAAACCAGUGCACUAUACAUUUAAAGAAUUUUGGUGUGCAACCUUAAUUUUCACACAGGCUAUAUGCUGCUAGUAUGGUAUUUGAUGUAAUAAAAAAAGGAACCAAAACAGAAAACAAACAAAAACUAUUUACUAUGCUGCAUCCCCAGAAGCUGUAGUUUGUCUUCCCCAUGCAGGUGCCCUCCAGCUGUUUUGGAUUAUUACUCAGUUCUGGCUGGGGCUGAUGGGUUCUAGUUCAAAACAUUGGAGGCCAGGUUGGGGAAGACUACUCCAGGCAGUAAUAGUAAGGAGAGUUCAAGAGCAGGCUGGUCACUGGCAUGGGCAAUGUUUUGGCACCAUGGAGGACUUAGAAGUGGGGGAAUUAUAUAGUCAUUGUAUAUGAUGCACUACAGAAUUGUGGAAACUUUAAAAAAUUGUGUGGCUUGCAAUUCUUGCUUUCUCUGAUUAUGUUUCCUUAGUUCCCAGUCAGCCCCCAACAAUGUUUCAAUCCAUCUUUCCAAAUCCCACAGAAUAAAUACAACUUGAUUGUUUUGGGAAAAUGUACGGAUUUUAAUGUAAAAAAAAAUUAGUAGCAAAAGCUCCACAUUUUCACGUUCCAUUCUUGGUUACAGAUCAUCUUUUUGUUAUGCAAACAGAUAACAUGUUCAG